GAAGACAACAAGGGAGAUAAUCGAUGAUGCAUCCUUGACUGAGGCGAGAAGCAAGUUUCUAAUGGAAAAGUUCAAAGUUUUGAAUGGGAGGUUGUGCCUAAAGUCAAAUAAAGAGAAUGUCAUAUCUCAAAGUACUCAAUUUUGUAGUUUGUGUGGACAGAGGGCCAUGACAAGCGCAAAUGUCCCUGUCAUAACAAUCACCUUGAAGAUGAUCCAUAUCAUCAAACAUCUUUGUCAAAUAGUUGCAGUGAAUUAUGCAACUGUAAAAUUUAAGAUAGGGGAUAUAGUGUUGGAGAAGUACCAGGACUUAGCUCCAAUGUACUACCGGAGAGCUGUCGCAACUAUUAUUGUCUAUGAUAUCACAAACCAAGUAAGCAUCAAGCCUGAUUUUAAAGGGCCAAGAAAUGGGUUCAAGAGCUUCAAGCACAAGGUACAUAGUUAUUUUCUUAGUCAGGAAUGUUUGUUGCAAUGGGGAAGCACAAACUUAUGCCUAGGAGAAUGGUCUAUUCUUCAUGAAAACUUCAGCAAAUACAACAAUAAAUGU